UUCAGCCAGCCAUAUCCCUCCCCUGGCGGAUCACCCUGUUCUUAACGCUCCUGGAGAAGCCGCCUUCCGCGUCCUAGCCCCACGGCCGUGACACCCCCAUUAAGCUAGUGGUCUAGUGGUAAUGAAGGCCCCUUGGCUGAGGGAAGGCGGUGGAAAGUGGUUUUUCUGGGGGGACGUUGGAGGUUGUUUAUGACUGCUUUCUUCUUCCAGCUUAGAAAGAUGUUAAGAAGCUUCCUCCGACUUUGCGUGAUGAGGGCUGGGCGAUGAUGCCAUUGCUUAAUUGGUGGUGUUAGUGAUCUCCAUUUGAGUGACUUGUUUGGCUCUUUGUGGCCCUUUUGGGCCUUUGCUCGUCAUGUGAUAUUGACAAACUCAUGAGAAACAAGAGCGCCACGAUGCUUGGAUUAGGACAGGAGUCACCCCUCAAACUUCUCAGACCCCCUGGUAGAACAUGAGCGAGUCUCCACAGCCUGCUUUGGAGAUCAUGAUUCUGGAAGGAAGUGGUGUAAUGAAUCUCAACCCCAGCAACAGCCUCCUCCACCAGCAGCCAGCCUGGACAGACAGCUACCCGACGUGCAAUGUAUCCAGCGGGUUUUUUGGAGGCCAGUGGCAUGAAAUCCACCCUCAGUACUGGACCAAGUACCAGGUGUGGGAGUGGCUUCAGCACCUGCUGGACACCAACCAGCUGGACGCCAGCUGCAUCCCAUUCCAGGAGUUCGAUGUCAACGGGGAGCACCUCUGCAGCAUGAGCCUGCAGGAGUUCACCCGGGCGGCGGGCACGGCGGGGCAGCUGCUCUACAGCAACCUGCAGCACCUCAAGUGGAACGGUCAGUGCAGUAGUGACCUGUUCCAGUCCACACACAAUGUCAUUGUCAAGACUGAACAAACCGACCCUUCCAUCAUGAACACCUGGAAAGAAGAGAACUAUUUAUACGACACCACCUAUGGUAGCACAGUAGACUUGUUGGACAGCAAAACUUUCUGUAGGGCCCAGAUCUCCAUGACAACCACCGGUCACCUUCCUGUGGAGUCACCUGACAUGAAGAAGGAGCCAGAGCACCCUGCAAAGUCCCACACCAAAAAACACAACCCAAGAGGAACUCACUUGUGGGAGUUCAUUCGCGACAUCCUCCUGAACCCAGACAAGAACCCGGGGCUGAUUAAGUGGGAAGACCGGUCCGAGGGCAUCUUCAGGUUCUUGAAAUCAGAGGCGGUGGCUCAGCUAUGGGGAAAAAAGAAGAACAACAGCAGCAUGACCUACGAGAAGCUCAGCCGGGCCAUGAGAUAUUACUACAAGCGAGAAAUUCUGGAGCGCGUGGAUGGACGAAGGCUGGUAUAUAAAUUUGGGAAGAAUGCUCGUGGAUGGAGAGAAAAUGAAAACUGAUUGUCGACUCUGAAGCACCAACCGAAACAUACACGUAAUGAGUCAUAGCCCACGAAGAACUCCUGGACGUAAAUAUUUCAAAGACUUAUUUUUCUCUGAUAUUUAUGUACCACGAGGGGGAAAAAAUAUCUACUUCUACCGGGAAGAAGGAACACUACAGUUGAUAAAAGAUUAUUUUGUUACUUUGAAGUAUGUUCUAUAUGGGGAACAAACGUACACAGUGUUCUGUGAAAUACGAUGCUGUAUGUGGUUGUGAUUUCUUUUUGCCACUAUUGUGAAGUUCUUUCCUACCACAAGAAUAACAAGGUUUGUAGCCUUGCGCUUCUUGCCAAAGGAAAGAAAGAAAAAUUGGAGGGCAUUAAAUAUUUGUCAUGUGCAAAAUGAUUUAGGAAAAGGUGAGGAGUCCUCUGCACAUCAGUGACCCCAGGACCUUGCCAAGGGAGGCGGAUGUGGCUGUUAGGAUGAAGUCCAGGGUCUCAGAGAGACAGGAUACAACAGAAGGAUGCCGGGAAGUUUAACCUGUUAGGGGCCAGCGAGUGGAGAAUGGGGACUCCCCAAAUCUAGGGUGGGCUGCAAUCACUUAGGAUCACCUGACUUGGAAUGUCUCUGGGCGAGAAGAAUAAUGGUGAAGGGUUUUAUACUCAUUCAGGAAUGAUUUACCCGUUCCCCCUUUCCCUUGGAUGGUUGGUGAGGAAAUGUCAAUUGCUACAUCUGCUCACUUCUAGUUACUUAAGAGAGAGGUGAGUCUUGGUUAUUUUUAUUCUAGCUGAUUAAAAAUAGAAAAAUAGGAAAAAGAAGGUAUUGGUAUGGACAAGACUGAGGUGUUCGCUCUUGGAUCUCUGUGGUUCAAGGUUUCUCAUUUGGCACAGCUGACGUUUUAGGCUGGAUCAUUCUUUGUGAGGAGGACUCUCCUGUGCAUUGCAAGAUGUAGAGCAAAUUCCAUCAGCUCUGCCCUAUAGAUACCAAAAGCAGUCCCCAGUUGUGACAACCAAAAAUGUCCCCAGACAUCACCAGAUGUCCCCUGGGGGGAACACAAUGACCCCUGAUUGAGAACCACUGAUUUAGCCAAUUGAGAUGAAGAUAGCGAUUUAUUCUUAGAACAAAAAGAUUUGUUAAGGUCUUUUAGUUCCUAAAGUGAAAGCAAGACUCUCAAGUCAACUUAUUUUUAUGUUUAUGUGAGGGAUAGGGGGUUGAAAUAUCUAGAGAAAUUGCUCUUCAGAACCCCAGAAGAGUCAAAGUCAGACCAAUUAAAUGUAGUCAUGCAGAAAGAGCUAAGUAGUAGACACAUGCACUGAAAUUUUAAAGCAGAUUGAAAAUUAUAUUGCAGAAGAAAAUGCUGAGAAAAAAAAAUGUGUGUGUGUGUGUGUGUGUGUGUGUGUGUGUGUGAGAGAGAGAGAGAGAGAGAGAGAGAGAGAGAGAGAGAGAGAGAGAGGUGGUGGGGGAGGGAUAAAGAUCUCUUCUCCAGGGAACGUGCUCUUUGCAGAUGUCUCUCUUCCUUACUUUGGAUCAUCUCUUUCCUGUCUCCUCUGAACUCAUCCCAAAGUGAAAGGGUUGUUGCAUAGAUUUGCAUUCAGAGGAAUGUUUUAAAAGAAAAAGAGAGGAAGGAUGGAAGAGAUAAACAUGAAAUGCCGCUCAGGAGCAAGGAGUUGGAAGCUUCUUCAAUCAUGGGAUUGUUCUGGAAUACUUGAAGAUAGAUUUGGGUCACGCAAGCUGGGAGGAACAUGAGUCUGUAGGUACAUCGACGAUGCGUUGGAACCAAAUCCUUUUGGCAAUUUUUCUUGUUGACUCCCGCACGCCCUUGUCUUUCUCCUCUGUUCUCCUCUGUCUUGAGCAAUGAGACAGGAAUGAAGACGUGUAUCUGUAGGCGUGACCUUCAAAACGAAUAGAGCCCCUACCCUUGUGUCCUGCCCAGGGACAGUCCUGCUUCAGUUCACACUGAAGUCUGCUAAGUGCUUGUAAUGUAUUCAAAAAUCUGUAAGUAAGAAGAAUUAAUAUCCUAAUUAUAAAGAGGACCAUUAAGCAUGGUGACCUUGGAAUACCCAUGAGCGACCUUCUGAAGGGACUACCAAGUUCCUUUCAUUUUUGCCUGACUUGGUCACCUAUACAAAGGUUUUACUUGGUGUUACAAGUGAAAGUUACCGAGGGGGUUGAGAAAAAUAACAACAGAGCGGCAAAGAUCUUGACUAUGCAACCCAGAUAUUACUGCAUAAAAGACACACCUUGUUUUCCAAGGUUGAAGAACUACAGGGCCUUCCCCACAUUUGACUAUAAAUUGCAAAGAAUGAAUUAGACAUCCGGGUAUUCGAAGUGGUGUAAUACAUGAAUACUUGUGUGUCUGUGCAUGUCUGGAUUGUGUGAAAUUAUUAGGGGUAUCUGCCAAUUCUCUCUGCUGUUCCUUUCCUGGCUUUGCCUAUUCAUCAUCUACGAUGGCUAGAUCCUUCUCUGAGUUCAUCCUUCCUCAAAUCUGUUAAGUUCCUUACAUUUCUCCCAUUGGGCUUUGAUUCUUUGUGUGACUUUUCCAUUGAAGAGCAAUCUUUGUUGGGGAGUAGGUGAAUCUGGGGAGUAGCAACUGCAGCAGUUCUUCAGAUAAAUAGCAGAUUGUGUUAUUUGUCGAAAGUGACAGUUUCUUGGCACCUGGUGCCUGUUUAAAUAGGCUGGAGUAUUAAGUUCUCGGCAUAUCACUAUUGUCUUGGCUUGACUUUGCUGCCUUUUCUAUGUGCUGUUCGUGACUUGGAGAACUCAAGGUAAUCGAGUCCUGCCAACUUGGGGUGUGCACAGAGUAUUUCCCACUGCAGUGUUGAAAGAGACAGCCAAGUCCUGUAGACAAGCUGCCCUUUCUUAGGGGCCAUGCAGCUUCUCAAUGGAGAAGCUCAUCCGUGAUGGGUGUCCACCUGGUCACUAAACAUGGUCUCUUGGAACCCUCCUUAAGCUAAGGGCUCCAGCUCUCUCAGUAGGUUUUAAGUCAGGCAAUGUACUGCUAAGACUUCACAAGACUUAGAUCAUCUGAGGCUCCUGUGUGACUUGAUAAAACUUGAGUAAGGCCCAUGGCUCUCAGGGACAUAUCCCACAGUAUCUUGAAAGUGCCACCUGAGCAGGACAGAUCCAGGUUAUGAGUUUCCCUUUGGUUCUUGUCUGGCUAGACUGUAAGCUCUUUGAGGGCAGGGUCAAAGUCUCAUCACUACUGUUUUCCUGGUACCUGGCAUGAAACAGGUAGACAAUAAACACUUGUUGGAUGAACAUCUUCUGGAAGAUUCCUUGGAUUGGGAGGUCCUAUCAAUAAUGGGGACAUGAAUAAUUUCUUCACUGGACUAAGAACAUGGCAGCCAAAUCUUCGAGGACAUAUCCGUUGUGAACAUUUUACUGUGAGGCUCCUUACUUUGCUUUCCCACCUGGGCUAAAAUGAAACCCAAGCAAGACUUUGGUUCAACAGGUCAACGUAUGUUGGCUGAGAAUACUGUUGCCUUACUUGGAACUGUGAGACUUCUCUGGCACAAGAUGCCAGUAAAUGAACGCUUAACCUAUUUUAACCAAUGAAGAUUAUGAAUGUGUUUAUAUGAUGUAAGUUGCUAUUUAAGCAUAAAACAGUUUUCAGUUUUAGUAUUUUGGGGUUGGUUUUUAUUUUAUUUUAUUAUUUUUUUUCUUUUUGAAAAAUACCAAGGGAUCUUUUGAUAAGGUUAGGAAUGCAUAUUAGAUAUUAGUUUUGCAAGUGUGUUGUUUUUCAGUUACAUAAAAUGUAAGAAAAGGUAAACACAAUAAGAGGGAAAAGCAAUUAUAUCAUUCUUCAUAUAGUUAAAAACAAGCCUACUGUGUGCAUAGUGUGGAACCAUAUGUGUGAGGAGCUUGUCUGAUCACAUAGGCUAUGAUAUUCCCUGACAUGCAACUGUUGGAGGAAUAUUCACUGUAUGAGUGAAACAACUUCAUGGCGAUCACAGCAUCAGAGCUGAAUUAUCCUCAGCCUGGGGUCUCAGGAUUCAGUUUCUGGGAUAAGAGAUAAAGACUUUGAAGAAAAAAAAAUCCGUUGACACUAUGUCUUAAAAACCUUUGAAAUGUGCAGGCCUUCACACGUUUAGCUAAAUUGGGAUUAAUCUUUCUGUAGCUAUCUGCAUAAUUCAUGCUUUUCUUGCCAUCUGCCUCCCUGGUUGACUUUUUGUGGGGAACAACCCUACUGCCACUAUUGUUUUAAAAAUCAGAACUCUUUCCCUUUAAACUACAUGGAAUUCAAACUGAGUGUUUCUGUUUUAUGAGAGAAUUAUAUUUUUCAACUUAUGGCUUUUUGUUUGUUUGUUUGUUUGAUGGGUCCCAGAAAACACUAAUAAAAACCACAGAGACCA